ACGACACCAGCCCGCUGACCGUCGAAAGCUUGGCGCCGUUGGGCGAGGCAAGGCCCCGAGAAGAGAAAUAAUAUGCAAAUAUGUUGCCGGACAUAAGUAUUAAAGAAUCAGAAAUAGUUCAUCCAGAAAUCAAGGACUCUAUCAAGAGGGAAACUUUCAAGCAAACACAGCUACCAUCACGUGCAGCCAGCUGUUUCAACCUGCAAGAUAAUAAUUCACACAAGCAAAAAUUUAAAUUCCAUUACAUUAAAUCUACAGAAGAAACAAAGACAGGUUUUCCAAUCCUUCCUGCUGCACUGAAUCCUUUUAUAAAUAAUAGUUCCAGUGUAACUGAAUCAACAAAAUCAUGUCGAAUUCCACUCCGAAAUCUUCCAGAAAAUUCUGAUUCUAUUUUAAUUCCUGGUAUCAAAAAUUUCUUAUGGAAAUGUUACAAUUAUGGUGAUAAAAGAAGGAGAUCAUCUCGAGUUUGUAAGCACAAACCUGGAGUAAAACACUAUUGUCGACGCAAGAACUGGGACACAAUAUUGUCAAAAUAUAAGACUGAAGUUUUAGAUAACCCAUUAAUUGAUCUGGGUUCAUUUUAUAAAACUAAUUUUCUGAGUUCAAACAAAGAAUUAUUGACUGAAAAACAGAAUGAUACACAAAAUAAGACAGAAGAGCCUCUUGUUCUUACCAGUCACAAGGUACAUUCACCACAAGAAAUCAACUUCAAUAACAUAGGGACAUGUUCCACUUCUAAAUAUUCUGAGUGUGAUACAACUUCUCAAGAUGUAGCAUCUACUUCAUCUGAUGCAAAUUCAAACAAUGUAGGUUUGCAAAAUGGCAAUGAAGCGGAUGAUAUGUCUCUCUUUCUUGCAUUAUUUGGUUUGAAGAGAAAAGUUUCUCAGAAAGAAGUUGUCAACUGCAGUGAUUUGAAAUUGGUAAAUGCUGAAACAUCUAACAAUGCAGAGGUAGAAAAUACAGCCAACAUUGAGGAAAUUUCAGGGGGCAUUGGCCCAGACGUCCAUUCUGUAGGUGUUGUGGAAGAGUCAACAAAUAAUAACAUGGGCCCAGUUAUAAGUUCUGAAUCUUCUGAUUUGAAAGAAGUAAGGGAUAAAGAUUUUCAGGAAUUCACUGAAGUUCAUGACUGCGCAAAUACUGAAAUUACAAAGCAUUGUCAGAAAGAAAAAGGUGAAAAUAAUAUUUCCUCUGAGAAUAAUUCAGAAUAUUUAGAUAUUAAUACAACUCAGCCUGAGUUAAGUGACAACCAAGUUCAUGGAGAUGGUGCGCAUGAGAAUUUUGUGAGUUCAUCACUUCAAGAAUGUUCAUGCCACAGUGAAAGAAUUGCCUGCCAAGUAAACCCUGUGAAUGAAACGUGUAUAUCACUGCAUUCAUCUGUUGGUGUGAACAACUUUCUAGUUGAUAAUCUACUGAGAAAUGGAUCAUUGAAUGUGACAUCAUGUCCUCCAGCUCACUCUUCUUUUAAUGUGAAUUGUGAAUCAAGGGGUCACAUUGCAAAUAAUCAUGAACAGGAAAUAAAUAAUAGUAGCAAUCAUUUGAUUUCAAGUUUUCCGGGACCUUUCCCCAGGAAUCCAGGUUCUCAACCUUGCACACCAAGACAGAUGUAUUCACAGACAGGUGGGGUGAAUGGAGUUUUCCCGAAUUUUUAUGGGUCGCCUUGUUUACCAACGCCUAUUCUUGCAUCGCAACUUGUGUCUCCUAUAUUUGCAUACAACUUUCUUCCUAUGAAUAAUGUAAUGUGUGCAUCACAUCCUGGCUUAAUGCCGUUUCCACAUAAUAGUGGAUAUGUUUCAACUUCAUUUGACUGCACAUCUCAGCAGAGUGUUCAUCACAGUUUACCAUUAUCAUUUCACUCUGCCCAGAGUAAUCCAUCAAACAUAUACCAUAAACCUGGAUUUCAUCAAUGGGUAAAUGUUAAUACUUCUGCCAGAGUCCCUUGCUGGACUCAGAGUACUUACAUAGGUGGAACUCAUUUGCCCUGUUGUGGAGGAUCAUCUCAUGCCUUAGAAGCUAGAUCACAACUUCAUUUUAGUUCUGGAUAUUACCCUUCUGAUAGUUAUAAUAGUUUUCUGACACAUCCUUUUAAUUCUGAUGUUCGUGUUGGGAAUGAUGUGGUUAAUGUUACAUGUAGUAAGACAGAUGAUGUUAAAUGAUUUAAUACAAAAAGAAACUCAUAUGAAAGAACAGUGAUGUACAUGUAUAUUGUGUCAUUUUCACUCCAGAUGAAUACACUUUCAUUUUGAGCAAAACUUCAUAAUUACUCUUGUUACGUUAUUUUUAAGAAAACGUUGCGUUGUCAUAUCACAAAAUAAAUUAAACAUUUCUAUUUUGUGACUACUAAUUUUUAGACUGCUGUUGGCUAGUUUUUUUGCAGCAGAA